UCAUGCGAGUUCCUCACGUGUUUACGUGUUGGUCUCGUGUAGUAGUUAUUUAUAUAUAAAAUAACUACAAAACAAUUCAAAAUGAGUUUAUAUAACUUCAAAAAAAUAGCCGUGGUCCCCACGGCUAAGGACUUUAUUGAUAUUAUUUUAUCGAAAACACAAAGGAAAACACCGACUGUAGUACACAAACACUACAAAAUUACAAGGAUUCGUGCAUUUUAUAUGAGAAAAGUGAAGUUUACACAACAAAACUUUCACGACAGACUUUCGCGCAUUAUUCAGGAAUUUCCAAAACUGGACGAUGUGCAUCCAUUCUAUGCAGAUUUGAUGAACGUCUUGUAUGAUAAGGAUCAUUACAAGCUGGGUUUGGGACAGUUGAACACGGCCAGGCAUCUUAUUGACAAUGUAGCGAAAGACUACGUGCGUCUGCUCAAGUUCGGUGACUCGCUGUACCGCUGCAAGCAGCUGAAGCGUGCGGCGCUCGGUCGCAUGGCCACCAUCAUGAAGAGGCAGGCCGCUAACUUGACGUAUUUGGAACAGGUGCGACAACAUUUAUCCCGUUUGCCGUCAAUCGACCCAUAUACCAGAACUAUCAUCAUUUGCGGCUUCCCCAAUGUUGGAAAGUCCAGUUUUAUCAAUCAGAUAACACGCGCUGAUGUAGAAGUGCAGCCUUACGCGUUUACAACCAAGAGUUUGUACGUCGGACAUACAGAUUAUAAAUAUCUGAGAUGGCAGGUAAUAGACACGCCCGGUAUCCUAGACCACCCGCUAGAAGAGCGCAACGUUAUCGAAAUGCAAGCCGUCACUGCGCUCGCUCAUUUACGAGCAGCCGUUCUAUACUUUAUAGAUCCUUCUGAACAGUGUGGACAUAGUAUUGAGGAGCAGAUAUCACUAUUCGAGAGCAUCAAACCGCUGUUCAGCAACAAGCCACUCAUCGUGGUACUAAAUAAAGUGGACGUAGUGAAGCCGGAGGACUUGCCGGAGGGGAAGAGGCAGUUGAUUGAACAAUUGGAGGAAACAUGCGCUAAGGGGAACAUUGUCAAUGCGGACGGUAACUCAGAACUACGUACAGUGCCUGUGAUGCGUUCUUCCACCCUCACCGGAGAAGGUGUCCAAGAGCUGAAAGUGGAAGCCUGCGAGAGGCUGUUGGGUCACAGGGUCACGGAGAAGAUGAGGACUAAGAAGGUGGACGGUAUACUCAACCGUCUCCACGUGGCUGUACCAACACCAAGAGACGGUAAAGCCCGACCUCCCGUGAUACCUCCCGGGGUGUUGGCGAAGAGGGAGAAGGAGGGGAGGAAACGGAAGUUGGAGAGGGAGAUUGAACUGGAGGAGGGUGAUGAUUAUGUGCUCGAUCUACAAAAGAACUACGCGGACAUACCGGAGGAGGAACGCCACGAUCCGAUACCGGAGUUCUGGGAGGGACACAACAUUGCUGAUUAUAUCGACCCGGAGAUAUUCGAGAAAUUAGCCGAUCUCGAACGUGAGGAGGAACUCCGUGAAGCGGGCGGUAUGUACGCGGUGCCCAAGAUCGAAUUGGACCAGAGCAUGAAGGAGAUCAGGGAACUGGCUAUACAGAUACGCAACAAGAAGGCGGUGCUCAAAGACGAGUCUCGUCUAGUGAAACAGUCCACAAAGCCGGUGAUGCCGAGGACUUCCCGAGCCCGCGACCGCGACCGCUCCACCACGCGUCUGCGCACCGAGAUGGAGAAGCUCGGCGUCGACAUGUCGGACAGUAAGAGCGCCCACUUCGUGACGCGUUCGCGUUCCCGCUCGCACUCCGCGCCGGCGAAGCGAGCGCGUGUCGAGAGUCGCGCGCGCUCCGUGUCCCGACCCGCCAGGGACGAACAGGGCGUCAAGGAUGUGGCCAUGCAAAAGCGCGCCAAGAAAAUGGCGCACAUCGCCAUAUCGAAAAAGACAAAGAAGAUGGGUCUCAAGGGAGAAGCGGACAGGUUCAUUGGGACCAAGAUGCCGAAACAUUUGUUUUCCGGCAAACGUGGGGUUGGCAAGACGGACAGACGUUAAAACUUUAUAUAUUUAUAUAUAUUGGCUUAUAUGUAUGGCAGAUUGUCUUAUGUUAUUUUGGUAUUGUGGAGUCGAUAUGAUGGUGAAAAUUGGGUCUUUACAAAAAUACCAUGCAGUUUUAUUUUUUAAGUAUAAUGUGUACCUAUGAUUUUUAGCGAAAAUACAGUGUUUACUGUAUUUUAUCUUGAUGUAAUACUGCAUACAUUUAUAAAAAUAUAACAAGAUAAUAAUUUGGUUUUUGUCAAGUUAUAAUGUACGUAAUAAUAUUAUAAUAAGAAGCAAACUUUGUUUAUCUUUGUUUUGUCAAGCAGAAGACUUUUUAAGAAAAAGGACCCUAAUUUUUGAGUUUAUAUCAAUGUAUUGUUUCAAAGUUUUAAUAAAAAAACUUGUGCCUAUUUUAUCAAUAUGUGAAGAAAAAAAAAGAGUGUGUGUACUUAUGUACACCCUU